AUGUCGCCAAAACAACCAUGUUCAGAUGAGCAUUAUAAUGCACCAUAUGAAACCCGACAUGGUGUCGAAGCAAUUAUAGACACAAUCGUGGAGCUUUUACCCCACGAGAUCCUGCAUCACCUCCGCGGUUUCCUGGAACAAAACCAUCGAUUAGCUAUACACACUCAGCAUUACAACUCGUUCGACGUAAAGGAAAUUCGAGACCUUGACAAGCAUCAGGCCUUGAGAUUCAGGAAUAAGACAGUUCUCAUUUACGUCCUCAAGGGUGGUGGUAUCGGAGGACUAUGGGAGCUGGUUCUACACAACUAUCUCUAUCGGCGAUGGUUUCAACCCUAUCUCUCGGAUAUCGAUCAUGGCGAAUGUAUUGCUAUGGUAAUGAAGCCCAUUGAUCAGCCUCGAACAUCCAAUGAUCAUGAUGCCGUCAGUCAUGUUCUAGACGUGCAUUCCAUGAUCAACCGUCGGCUUGACUCGAUCGAACACGAAACACCGCCAUUUUAUACCACUCGUCCCCUUUUCAGGGCCUUCUUCAUAGCCAUACCAGGUCGGAAUUGGGGUGGCUGCGCUGCUCUAGAGAAUAUCGCGUCUUUGAAAGUCCUAAUUGUCCUCACUGGAGAGACAAAAGGACUCAGCGCACCGAUUUCUUUCGCCUCUAUCGCAGACAAAUCUAAAGCAAGGACUUUGAAUGGUCUGGAAGCCGUUGAAACCAACCUCGAGACAGCCGUCGACUUUUUAAUGGAACUAGAACAUCGGGAAGAAGAUGUUUUCGGUCUUCAACCUGAUCCAGUGGCUGCAUCGAGAGGCAUGUGCCCCUUUACUCAGGAGCCGUUACAUGAGUGGGUGCAGGACCGGGCUCGGAGACUGGGAUGGAAAGGCGGAGAAAUUGUUGGGCCGAGUUCGCGGUGGGUAGACAUGAAUAUGUACAUAGCUUGGACUGGUUUUGGAGCGCAGGUUGAUGCGGUCAUGAUGAAUAACCGGGUGAGGGUCAUGUGGGACUGGCAUCGACGGAAUUGUAGGUGCGAUAAGGAAUGGGUGUUUGUUGAUGAAGAUACAUCUCAGGAUAAAAGCAGGGUCACUAGUGCGUAG